UAGCUAUUCAACCUAUGAACUCAUUCAUGCGCUCGUCUCCAUGUUUAACUGUAAGUUAAUGAGUCAAGAUGUUAUCGUCUUUUCACACUUCUGAGCAUAAGUGUGAUUCAGUGCGUGAUUUUGGAAAGUUUUUAUUAAUAAAGAUAACCUUAGGGUAAAUUCAUCUCGUCAUUUUGUAAUCGAUUUUCACCCUCCAUAUGUUCAGUCUUUUUUCAUUCACUGUCUCAAGUAAAUUAAAUCAUUGCCAAUGGGUAGACAUGUCUUACCAAUGAUGAAAAUUGUUCUUCUUCUGCUUUUAGAUGUUGUUGCUCAUACUCUUUUUAUCAGUUGUUCAUUGUUAUGAAGAGGAUUAUCAAACUAUUAACAUACGAAUUAAUGAAGAAUUACCGUUGUCAACAAUUCUGUUCAUCACACCACAUAAUAUCACAUAUCGUUUAUUCGAUUCUGGUCGAAAUCACAAUUCGUUCGUUGAUUACAAUUCAUCCACUGGACAAAUUCAACUUGCACAUUUAUUAGAUCGAGAAGACCUGUGUUUACAACAUACAUGUUCAUGCGUUCAUUGCCAAAUAAUCAUCGAAUUAAUCGAAUGGCAGUCACCAUAUCGUCUAUUGAAACUGAUUAUCAACAUUGAUGAUAUCAAUGAUCAUCGACCGAUAUUUUCUUCGGAUAUUUAUCAGUUGAACGUCAUGGAAAAUAUUCCGUAUGGUUACGAAUUGCCAUUAGAAUCGGCUUACGAUGCGGAUCUUGAGGAAAAUAGCCGAAUUAACUAUGAGCUGAUCAGUUUAGGCGAAGGUCCGUUCGAAUUAGUAAGGAAAGCGAACGGAGGAAUUGCAUUAAAAGUCAUCGGAGAGAUUGAUCGAGAAGAAAAAGAUUUCUAUCAAUAUGAGUUAAUUGCUUAUGAUUAUGGGCAACCGAGACAACAAAGUUCAACGAAAUUAUACAUUACAGUUCAUGAUCGAAAUGAUAAUUCAGUUGUUCUUGCUCAAGCACACAUUCAUUUACAUGUCAGCGAAAAUACACCAGUCGGAACGGAAUUAACAUAUGUGAAUGCUACCGAUCAAGAUAUUGGACUUAACGGCAAAAUUCAUUACUCCAUUAGCAACGGCUUACCAUCAUCCACUUGGAUGGAUUACUUCCGUAUUGGUGAAUCCACUGGAAUAUUAACGCUCGUCAGCUCAUUAGAUUAUGAAUCGGAACAAUCGUAUCGUUUAACUGUACAAGUGCGAGAUUUAGGCGAGAAUUCGUUAGCACGCUUCCUUUCGAUUGAUAUCUCCAUUCUGGAUGAAAAUGACAACUUUCCACAAGCAUUUGUUACCUUUGUCGAUCCACUCGUGAACAAUUCGAUCAUUUCAAUAUCAGAAAAUACGCCUGUUGGACAAAUCCUUGCACAUAUAUCUCUUUCCGAUCAAGAUUCUGGUUUCAAUGGUGAGAUGUCGUAUAAAAUCGAAGAAGGAGAGGACAUCUUAGGAAUUAAAACACUCGAUCAAAAGUCGCUUUUACUCAUUGUGAACCACCUAAUCGACCGUGAAGAUAAAAAUAUCAAAGAAUUCAAUCAAUUCGUUUUGACCAUAUCCGAUCAUGGAAAACCAUCGAAAUCCAUUAAACUAGAAUAUCAAAUUGAAAUCGUCGACAUCAACGAUUCACCACCGCUGUUUGAUCAAACAAAAGAAUGUAAAAUUCAUUUAAAAAAUCCGCAAAAUCAAUCUGAUCAUCCAUUAUUCACAGUUCAAGCAAUCGAUGCUGAUCAGAAUGAAAACAGUGAAAUAUCUUAUUUCAUUCUUUCUCCGCAUGAUAAACAAUUUCGUAUUAAUAACCAAGGUCAAAUAUUCAAUUCAGAAUAUCUAAAUCAAUCGUCGUAUCAUUUUCAAAUCCUCGCUCAAGAUCACGGCAAGGUUAUUCAGCUUAACUCAACUUACGAUUGUCAUCUAUUCAUUUCCGUUACAAACCAUUCAAAUAACACUUCAAAUAUUUCAUUGAUGAAAAACAUUCGAACAUGGAAAACGUAUUAUUCCUAUACAUACGUCAUUAUCAUAUCAAUGAUUGUCUUGACCUUGAUCGGAUUAAUCUUUUGUCUAUAUAAAUUUAUUUUUAUCCAUCGGCGAUACUACCAAGAAAACAAAACUUACCAUUUAUACGUAUCCAUACCGCGAAAAUCGUACUAUAUUGAAAAUGAAAGUCCUGGCUGUAGCAGCACGAGUAAAACAGAUGAUCAUACAUUUGAAGAACACGACCGAUUAGUCGAAGAUUCCUUGUCUGAUCAUCAACAAUACUCUCGAACAGUUGAACACAGUUAUCCAUCGUCUAUUUCCUCCAUAAGCAAACUUCCACACGAUAGCACUUACGAAUCAGUUUCAUUGUCGAAACAAAUCAGUCGACCCUUAUCUUCAUCAACAACCUGUACAAGUAUCGACACCGAAGCGUCGUUGAAAAUGAAAUAUUCCUAUUCGACUGUUGUGCGUCUUGCUGAAGAAGAAAAUAGUGAUGUUUGA